UUCCCCCCCUCCUCCAUCACUAGUCAUUAUAAAUAGCCUUCUCCCCUCUUCCUAUCAAAACCCAACAAACGCUCCCUUCUUUUCUGUCUCAUAUUCUCCGCAACCAAACAAGAAGAACAAUGUUUCGUUUAAGCAACAACUUGGUAGGAAUCCUGAAUUUCAUAACCUUCCUGCUCUCAAUCCCCAUCCUGUGGGCAGGGAUAUGGCUAAAAAACAAAGGGACAUCAGAAUGUGAUAAGUUCUUCGACACCCCAGUUAUUAUCUUGGGUGUCUUUCUCUUACUAGUCUCUCUAGCUGGCCUAAUUGGCGCGUGUUGUCGCGUGUCAUGGCUUCUCUGGGCUUACCUCCUAGUCAUGUUUCUCCUCAUCGUCUUGCUCUUCUGCUUCACGAUUUUCGCUUUUGUCGUGACCAAUAAAGGUGCCGGUCAGGUUUUGUCCGGGAAGGGGUAUAAGGAGUAUAAGUUGGGAGAUUAUUCAAAUUGGUUGCAGAAGAGAGUGGGCAAUCAGAAGAACUGGAGGAAGAUUAAGAGUUGUUUGAUUGAUGCUAAAGUUUGCAGUGAUUUUAACCAGAAAUUCGCGAAUGAUACUGUUGAAGUCUUGUAUACCCGCCAUCUGUCUGCUCUUCAGGCUGGCUGCUGUAAGCCAUCAGAUAGCUGUGGCUUUCUUUAUAAAUCACCGACUAACUGGGAGAAGACAACUACAAAUUCCACCUCCGAUCCUGACUGCGCUUCAUGGGAUAAUCAAACAGAUGUUCUCUGCUUUAACUGCAACUCUUGCAAAGCUGGACUGCUGGACAACCUCAGGAGGGAUUGGAAGAAGGUUGCUGUUAUCAACAUUAUUUUUCUCGUAUUCCUCAUCAUUGUGUACUCCGUCGGAUGCUGUGCUUUUAGGAACAACAGAAGGGACAACAAUGCUUACUCUGGUGGAUGGAAGCACCCUUAACUUGGAGAAUUCUUGCAUCUAGCAUGGAUGCAGAUAGUAUUGCUUAGGAUUUUAGUUGUAGGCAGCAUACUUAUUUGCUGCUCACUCUGAUGUUAUAUAUUUUUUUAUUCCACAGUUGGUUUCUUUGUAUAGCAUUCUUAUGCUUUCCUUUUUAGUAUCUUUGGAACAUAUUGGUUAUAUAUGGCCUUGUAUGCUCUGCGGAGCUCACAUUUUCUAUAUCUGAGACCUUGUUUGAUCA